AAAUUAACACAUUUUCUUUAACUCAAACUCUGUCAGCUGCAGGGCAGGCUAGCUUACUACCUAAUUUAUUUUAUACAGAGUUAAAAUCCCAAACACAUCAAGGAAGAUUAAAGAAAGAAAGAAAAAAAUCAGCCUUUUUUAGAACCAGCUUUCCCUUUUGAUGGUCUCGCCUUUCCAAAAGAGGCCCAAUUGCAAAACAUUUUGGCAGUUUAAGAUUUUUCAGGAACUUGUUUUCUUCCUUCUCCUUGCCUCCACCCAGCUCUACAAAGGAGAAAACGCAGCUCACAGAAAAAAACGUGUCUGCUUUUUUCCUGCAAAACAACUGAGAAAAAUCAAAAGGAGGAGUGAUCCAGUUUCAGAGUUUCGGGUGGAGUUGACACCAUGCCACAGAUGUUGACCUAUUCAGUACUGGUACUCUUUGUGACAUUGUUGCUGGGAUCCUUGCCAACUCUUGCCCAGAGAGAAACCCGUCAUGAGAAAUUCCACCGGCAGCAUGUUGCUGCAAAGUCCAACGUACUGGAUCCCAGGCUCUAUUGCAACCUGAUGAUGCAACGAAGAAGUAUGACGAACGUCAAGUGUAAACCUGUCAACACCUUCAUCCAUGGGGAAGAUACAGCAGUGGAUGCCAUCUGCAACAAUGGGGGGACUCACUCAAGUGAAAAUUACUACGACAGCAAUAGCUUGUUUGAGCUCACCCGUUGCCGCUCGACAGGGAGAGGAACUGAGCCUCCCUGUUCCUACCGGGGCUGGCUUACCACCCAGCGGGUCAGAGUUGCCUGCGUAAAUGGCCUGCCAGUGCAUUUCCAACAAGCUCUUUAGAAAUAGCUAUGACCACCAUUAGAAAUAUCAUUGACCAUGGUGGCUAGUUAGAGAUUAUAUAUCUUCAGCUAUUUUAGAAGCCAAGAGGAUUCCAAGUCCUAAUUUUAGUGCAAUGCUGUAUUUCAGUUACAAUUUGCUCUUGACAACUUUUUUUCAUUUCUUUUUAUUUGCCUCCCUCUCUUUAGAAUAGAAUAGAGCUGGAAGGGACCUUGGAGGUCUUCUAGUCCAGCCCUCUGAUCAAGCAGGAUAACCUAUACCAGUGGUGGUGAAU